AGCCACCGUGUGCUCAAAUCUCCCACUUCUGCUUCGAUUUCGAUUUGGAGGCCAUGGCUGCCAUUGCACUCGCCAUGCUCUUGCCAUCACUGGCCCUGGCCGAGAAGUGGGCUGUCAUCGCGGCCGGCUCACAAGGCUUUAUGAAUUACAGGCAUCAGGCAGAUGCAUGCCAUGCGUACCAGAUCAUGCUCAAAAGCGGAGUGAAGGCUGAGAAUAUCAUCCUCAUGAUGCAGGAUGAUGUUGCAAAAUCUUCGGAAAAUCCCUUCCCCGGCCAGCUCUUCAACAAGCCGGGCAACGACUCCCCAGAUGUCUACAAGGGGUGCAAGGUUGACUACUCGGGCGAUAUCGUCACGGCCCAGCUUUUCCUGGAUGUGCUCACCAGCAACACUACCGGCGCUAAGGGCAAGGUCCUGAAGAGCACAGAGGAAGACACCGUCUUUGUGAAUUUUGUGGACCAUGGAGGUCCUGGCAUUGUGGCUUUCCCCAAUGGCCCCUUCUUGCACGUCAAGGAUUUGUCCAAGACUUUGAAGACCAUGCAGAGCAAGAAAAUGUUCAAGCAGCUGGUCUUUUACAUGGAGGCAUGCGAAAGCGGCUCCAUGUUCCCAGAUCUGCAGGCGGAUGGAAAGAUUCUGGCGGUCACCGCGUCCAACGGCCAGGAAUCAUCUUGGGGCACCUAUUGUGGUGAUGCAGCCAUGGUGAAGGGCAAGAACAUUGGCUCUUGCCUGGGAGAUCUCUUCUCUGUCAACUGGAUGGAGGACGACGAUCUCGGAAAGCUCGCCUCUGAAACUUUCCGCUCUCAGAUUUCCAAGGUCACCAAGCUCACGAACAAAAGCCAUGUUUGCAGCUUUGGUGACAAGUCCUUCGAGAAUGAAGCAAUUGGUGACGUGGAGGUUGAAGGAGCUGCGCUGUCUGAGACACCAUCCACGGACUCCAGCGUUGACACCCGGGAUAUCUACGUGUCCCAGGCCUUCUGGGCAUGGCAAAAUGCGCCAGAGGAAAUGAAGAGCCAGGCAUGGACGCGCUUUGUGAGCAUCAUCAAUGACCGCGAGAGGGACGACCAGCUCUUUGCAAAGAUUGGGGGGAAGGCAUGCGCAGACAGCCAGGGGCCCGCGGAGUGCCAGAAAAAGAUGUUGGACGAGCGUUCCGAGUUGAAGGACAUGGACUGCCACUACACCUUGGCACGCGCAGUGCAUGAGCACUGCCCAGUGUCGGCCAGCCAUCAUGCCACGGGCGGCUGGAAUGGCUACAACAUGAAAUUCUCUCAGGAGCUGGUCGACCACUCGCUGGAUUUGGUUGUUUGAAGAUGUUUGAAGUUCCAAUUUUCGGAAGAAUUCGGAGGGGCAUAAGAGCCAGGAAUCAUACGAACAAGUAGAUACAAACAGAUGUAACUAGACUCUCAUGACCAAUGAUUCUGAGGGUUUUGGUGAUGGUUCAACAAGUAUUCAACAAGUGCCACUUUUCCUGUCCUGCCUGGAAUGAUGUGCCAAUAUUGGCGAUGUUUGGAUUGAUGCUCCCGCAGCCUUCGAGAUGGUCAGAUAUGGUCAGAUAUGGUCACAUGAUCCCGCGCAGCGGCGCAGCGCGGCGAGGUCCUCUUGAACCUUUGCGAAGGCCAGGAGUUGGAGCAACUGUCGAAGAUUGUUCAGGAGGAGUGCAUCCAGGCCAAGGGCUUGACCGAGGUGGUCGUUUGAGAGGCUGCUUGACCCGGAGUGGCAUGCAGCGCAAGUUUUGAGUGAGCGGCACCAAUUUAAAAUGGUGGUGAUGCGGUGGCGAUGUUUAGAGUUUAGUCGAUGUCCCUCAUGUGCGCUUGGCACUUGGCACAGACAUUUGUAAGGCUUAUCGAGAAAA